AUGGCCUCGGUCAAGGUGAUAGUGAGGGUCCGGCCCAUGAAUCGCAGGGAAAAGGACUUGGAAGCCAGAUUCAUUAUUCAAAUGGAGAAAAGCAAAAUGACCAUCACAAACCUAAAGAUACCAGGAGGGACUGGGGACUCAGGAAGAGAACGGACUAAGACCUUCACCUACGACUUUUCUUUUUAUUCUGCUGAUACAGAAAGUCCAGAUUAUGUUUCUCAAGAAAUGGUUUUCAAAACCCUUGGCACAGAUAUCGUGAAGUCUGCAUUCGAAGGUUAUAAUGCUUGUGUUUUUGCAUACGGGCAGACAGGAUCAGGAAAGUCAUACACUAUGAUGGGAGACUCUGGCGAUUCUGGCUUAAUACCCCGGAUCUGCGAAGGGCUCUUCAGUCAGAUAAACGAAACCACCAGAUGGGAUGAGGCAUCUUUUCGAACUGAACUCAGCUACUUAGAAAUUUAUAAUGAACAUUCCUACCGCUUCGGACUCCCGAGGACCUUUUGGGCCCCCACGUUAAUGAGCCACCUGGCGAGUCUGAUGUGGCCGCCAGCGAGGCGCCGCUCGCGUCCCUCCCCACGUUUGCGUCCGGCCCGGUGGGAAGGACGAGGUGCUCCGAAUGACAGCUGGCAGAAGGAGCUCCCCUACAUGAAGCGGCUUCCCCGAUGCUUCCCGGACACCCCUACCUGGGUGGCGGCGGCGGCCGCAGCCACCAACCUGGAGAGUGGUGGAGUUUGCAGCCCGGCCCUCCUGCCCCGAGGGAGGCGGAGGAGUUCCGUGAUCUCCUGGACCUGGACCUCAUCCUCUCCAGCUCGCUGUCCCAUCAGGAGCCCGUGA